AUGACUGAGUUUUCCGAGCGUAUAAAACAAUUUAAGCUGAAGCGAGUAUUGGAUUCAAAUCCGCAAACUAAGUUCAUCUCUCUAUUGGGGUUGAUUGAAGGUAAGGACGCUAUUGUUACAAUAGAAAAGACUCAUUUUUCCGUUGAUAAGUUACAUUCAAGAGAAAGUGAACUUUCUUCGGACUUAUCCCAUUCUAAUGAAGAGUUUUCUUGCAUCAAGUCUCUUAAGAGUAUCUCUGAAAUUUGCAAAAACGAUAUUUACUUUUGGGGAGUUUCUUUAUUAGAACAAGAUGCUGAGAAAAACCCUGCUGCUAAGGUUAGUUUGAUUUGGCCAGCUACAGACGUCCACAUCCGCAAGUAUGAUCAUCAACCAGUUCAUGUGUGUCGUGAAACCCCAGAAAUUUAUGAAAGGAUUGUGAAACCCUAUAUUGAUGAAAUGGUGAAGGGCGGCCGUUUGCAAUGGGUUCAGAAUAUAUUGCAUAAUGGAGCGGAAUCAGAAAGGGUAGUGUAUAAAGAUUUUGUUGAGACUUCUCCAGAAGAUGGUAUGUUGCUUUUGCCUGAUAUGAAAUGGGACGGAAUAAGCUUGGAGUCUAUGUACUUGGUAGCUAUCGUGUACCGUACAGACAUUAGGUCUUUGAGAGAUUUGAAACCAGAGCACAUCGAUUGGCUUGUUAGCCUAAAUAAUAAGAUCAGGAGCGUAGUCCCUGGUUGCUUCAAUUACUCAAUUAGGAGUGACGAAUUGCGUAUUUUUGUGCAUUACCAGCCUUCUUACUAUCACUUCCAUAUUCAUAUCGUAAAUGUGAAAAACCCUGGUCUAGGUGAUGGUAUUGCUGCAGGUAAAGCUAUAUUACUAGAAGAUAUUAUAGAGAGCUUGAGAUACUUAGGCCCAGAGGGAUACAGUAAGAGAACAAUGACGUAUGUUAUUGGUGAAAAUCAUGAUCUUUGGAAGCGAGGAUUACGUGAUGAGGUUGUGAAGCAACUGCAUGCUGACGGUAUCCCUAAACCGCCUGCUGCAAUAAACGACUUUAGUGGUCAGCAUUCAAUACCUCCACUCUAA